AAGAUUUCAACAUCACUUGGAGAAAAGCCAGCACUGCCUAGUGCCAGCAGUCACGUACCGGGUCAGGUACAACCCCUCGCCCCGGUACUCCUUCAGCGAGCACAGUCCAAAAGGUCCUCGGCGAGAAGCGAGGCGCCGGGGGCCAGCAAAAUGCCCGCCUCGCCGCCGCCCCUCACCCGCGGGCCCGGGGCGAUCCGCCGCGGGGCGGGAAGCCGAGCGCUGGGGCCUCCCGCUGGCGGGCGAGGGGAAGCAGCGGCGCCAGGAGGAGGGCGGCAGCUCCGCCCCGGCAGCGGGGCGUCGGGCAGCUGGCCGCCGCGCCGGUGCGGCCGGUGGCAGCCGGCAGUAGCGGCGGGGUCUGCCUUCGCCGCCAGCGGGGACCCAGUGCUGCCCCGCUGCGCCCGCCCGCUCUAUCGCACACUGUUGUCAUGGAGGAGCCAAGAUGGCGGCGCUGGCCUACACCGGAGGCAAGCGGGAGAUCAACUACUACUUCAGCGUGAGGAGCGCCAAGGUGCUGGCGCUGGGCGCCGUCCUGCUCCUCACCGCCUGCCACGCCACCUCCCGCCGCUACCGAGGUGGCGAUACAUGUGAGUAUCUUCUGUCCAGUGGGAGAUUUCUUGGAGAAAAAGUAUGGCAACCCCACAGUUGUAUGAUGCAUAAGUAUAAAAAUAGUGAAGCAAAAAACUGCCUCGUAGACAAACAUGUUGUGUUUAUAGGAGAUUCUAGAAUUCGACAGCUGUUCUAUUCAUUUAUAAAACUCAUAAAUCCUCAAGUCAAAGAAGAAGGAAAUAAGCAUGGAAAUAUCCCAUUUGAAGAUAAAUCUGCUUCAAUUAAAGUGGAUUUCCUAUGGUAUCCAGAAGUUAAUGGCUCUAUGAGACAACGUAUCAAAUCUUGGACUGAGAGUUCUGCAGCAAAACCUCAUAUAAUUGUAGCAGGAGCUGCCACGUGGUCUAUCAAGAUUCAUAAUGGCAGCAAUGAAGCCCUCACACAGUAUAAAAUCAAUAUCACUUCAAUUGCACCUCUUUUGGAAAAAUUAGCAAAAACUAGUGAUGUUUACUGGGUCUUACAAGAUCCCGUUUAUGAAGAUAUGCUGAGUGAAAGUCGGAAAAUGAUCACUAAUGAGAAAAUAGAUGCUUAUAAUGAAGCAGCUGUUCGUAUUCUGAACAGCAGCUCCCGAAAUUCCAAAGCUAAAGUUAAAGUGUUCAGUGUAUCAAAAUUGAUAGCACAAGAAACUAUCAUGAAGUCUACAGAUGGCUUGCAUCUCCCUGAAUCAAGCAGAGAUACAAAUGCGAUGAUUCUUAUGAAUGUCUACUGCAAUAAGAUAAUGAAGCCCAUUGAUGGCUCCUGCUGCCAGCCUCAGCCUCCUCUCACUCUCAUACAGAAGUUAGCUUUCUGUUUCUUUACUUUGUCCAUUAUUGGAUAUUUAAUUAUCAGUUUAAUUCAUCGGAAUAAUUAUCGGAAGAGCAAAUCAUGCACUGAUUUGGAAAGCGGAGAGGAGAAGAAACCUGCUAUCAGCACUCCUGUUUCUACUUUAGAGAUGCUCUUACACUCCUUCUGCAAACUUGGUCUAAUCAUGACCUAUUUUUAUCUGUGUGACAGAGCAAAUCUUUUCAUGAAGGAAAAUAAAUUUUACACACAUUCAUCUUUCUUCAUACCAAUCGUCUAUCUCUUGGUUUUGGGGGUAUUUUAUACUGAAAAUACCAAAGAGACUAAAGUGUUAAAUAGAGAACAGACUGAUGAAUGGAAGGGCUGGAUGCAACUUGUUAUUUUGAUUUAUCAUAUCUCUGGAGCAAGCACUUUUUUACCUGUGUACAUGCACAUUCGAGUUCUGGUUGCUGCAUAUCUGUUCCAAACAGGUUAUGGGCACUUCUCAUAUUUUUGGAUAAAAGGGGACUUUGGUGUGUACAGAGUUUGUCAGGUUUUAUUUCGUCUCAAUUUCUUGGUUGUGGUACUGUGCAUAGUGAUGGACCGACCUUACCAGUUCUACUACUUUGUGCCAUUAGUCACUGUCUGGUUUAUGGUCAUUUAUGCCACCUUAGCUAUAUGGCCUCAGAUAGUCCAGAAAAAAGCAAAUGGAAACUGCUUGUGGCACUUUGGUUUACUGCUGAAACUGAUUUGCUUACUGACAUGUAUAUAUUUUCUGUCAUAUUCUCAGGGUGCAUUCGAGAAGAUAUUUUCCUUUUGGCCACUGUCCAAGUGUUUUGAACUGAAUGGGAAUGUCUAUGAAUGGUGGUUUAGGUGGAAGUUGGAUCGCUAUGUGGUUUUUCAUGGGAUGCUGUUCGCUUUUGUUUAUCUGGCAUUGCAGAAACGUCAGAUGAUAUCAGAAGGAAAAGGAGAUCCUCUUUUCUCCAACAGAGUUUCAAAUGUUUUAUUAUUUAUUUCAGUUGUAUCCUUUUUGGCCUACUCUAUUUGGGCUAGUAGCUGUAAAAACAAGACGGAGUGCAAUGAGCUACAUCCUUCUGUUUCUGUGGUACAGAUUUUAGCUUUUGUCCUCAUCAGGAACAUUCCUGGCUACGUCCGAUCUAUGUAUAGCUCAUUCUUUGCCUGGUUUGGCAAAAUUUCUCUAGAGCUUUUCAUUUGUCAAUACCAUAUUUGGCUGGCAGCAGACACGAAGGGGAUCUUGGUGCUCAUCCCUGGAUAUCCGAUGUUUAAUGUUCUUGUCAGCACUUUCAUAUUUGUGUGUGUGGCACAUGAAAUUUCUCAGAUCACCAAUGAUCUGGCACAGAUUGUGGUUCCUAAAGAUAACUCAACUCUGCUGAAAAGGUUGCUAUGUGUAGCUGGAUUUUUCUCUGGACUACAUCUCUUCUCAGCAAUGCAAGAUCAGUCAAGGCAUUGACUUGAAAAGAUUCUUGGAAACUUUCUUCAGGUUUAUUUUGUGUCUGCCUGAACAAAAAUUCUCAACUGGAGAUACAAGAAGACAUUUAAAUUAAGUGUGUGGAAAGUAAAUGUAUAUAGUGCAAAUGUACAUAUUUUGUGUGGAAACAGCCUUCUCAAACUAUCUGAGAACCAAGGAUGCACUGUACAGAAUUGCAUGUGAAGAUGAGUCUUUUCUACUGGAUAUAUGUUCCUGUUUACAUACAUGUUUAAACGUGACACGAAGAAGUGAAUAGUUGAGCAAUAUCAUGGGCAUAUCAUGGAACUACCUUCACCGCAGGUCAGCCGAAGGCAGAGUGGAUGUUACUGGAGAACCGCCCUCGCGUGGCACACGCCGGAAUCAUUCUCAUCAAGGAACAAAGAAGAGCAAACGUGUGAUGCUUCGGUAACGGUCACCUUUACCUGAUGUGAAACAUGAAGUUACUGGUAAACCAGGGCAUGUUUCUGAACAAAAUGGUAGUGUAGAAAUGAGUAUUUUGGGUGGAGAUAGUAUAUGUUACAUGAAACCCUUUAUACGCAGGAAUAAAAAGUCAUCACCAAUUCAGCGAUUUAAGAUUAUAUACAAGUUUACAUAACAUUUUAUGGGGUUUUCUUUUUGGUUUUGAAUUUGAGAUGUUUUCAGCAAAUAUGGUGAAUUCUGAGGUGAAAUUUUUUCCCUAAAAUUUUCACUAACUCCUUUAACUAUGUGCAGUUCUCUGUAAAAUCACAGUGAACAAACAGAUCAAUAGUUUUCAGAGACUCAGUUCAAGAUGGAGAAUUUAUUGAAGAUCUCCAAUGCUUUCCAGUCAGAGGGAAUCCUGUCAUAUCCACUCCAUCAGAUCUCGAGGGAGAACAGGGGAAUGGUGAUCUGUGAACCUCUGAGUUGUGGGUGACCUUGAACUAGGUCUCAUUAGGAAAUUGGUGCCAUAUUUUACCCGUAGUAAUAUUUUCACUUACAAGGAUGCAAGUCAAGAAUGCAAGUCAGUCUGUUGAUAUCACGAGGAAGAGGGACUGUGGUCAUCUUGUUGCAUGCAGGUGGUUGAGUCUCCGAAUUACAAAUGAAACGAGAUCGGAGCUAUUUGGAGGAACCUUUUCCCCCACUCAUUUUAAGAGUGCCCAUCUUUCUUACUCUUUGCUUUAGCAUAAAAAGUAAAACUGAAAGAAUGGCCCUUCAGUGUGGUGGUGACAAGCUGCAAUUUACGUUCCACUUAGUGAAGUUAUGGUCAUUUCUUUAGUGUUUGUGGUUUUGGUUCAUGUUGUAAUUUGACCUCUAGUUGCUUUUUGAUUUUAUUCUUCUACUGAUUACUUGUUACCAGUCAAAACCACGAGCACAAUAUUGUUUUCUAAGCAUUUGUGCAAUUACGUAUGAUUAUAAACAAUAUGAAUCCUAAUUUGUACCUUAUGCACUAUCAUAGAAUGGGUUUGGGUUGGAAAGGAUCAUCUAGUUCCAACCCCCCACCACAGGCAGGGACACUUUCCACUAGGCCAGGUUGCUCCAAGCCCCAUCCAGCCUGACCUUGAACACUGCCAGGGAUGGGGCAGCCACAGCUUCUCUGGGCAGCCUGUGCCAGGGCCUCACCAUGUCACGUACAUGGUUUUGAUCUUAUCCCAGUUUAAAAACUGAAUUCAAACGUGCAGCCACCAAUGUGUGCAAAAAAAAAAUUGUGAAAAAAUGGCUUCAAUUUUUUUUUUUUUUUUUGGGUUAGGAACAGUUUCUUUUAAAGAUUGACCAGCUCACAGUAAAAAAAGAAUCAUUCACUUCCUCCAAAUUCAGCAGUUUUACUGCCAGCUAUUUUGAAGCUCUUAGAAAGAGACUCAGCUAUUUGUUCUUCGCAUGCAUUACUUCCAACACUUGGAAAGUCAACCUCCUCGAAUGGCUGCAAGAAAUGGUGCUGGCAAAUGCUGCAGCGGGGGCAGGAUGUGUAACCUUCAUCUACGCCAGUAUUAGGAGCAACAGGGAAACUGUGAGUUUGAGAGAGACUUUUUGUUUUGUUCUUCACAAGUAUUGUAGAUAUAAUUUUAUUUAUCUGCUGUACAGACUUGGUUAAAAGAUUUAUUUUUAAUGUUUGAAAUAAUGCACUUGUUUACUAUUACUGUAUGUGGGAUAAAUAUAUUUUCUCUUCAGGUCAUGUAAAAAUAUGAAGUAAUUUAAACAUUAAAUAAAUGUGCUGUGGAUGCUUAUUUUUGUAAUGGGAGCAGCAUCAAUUAAGUACAGACUCCUAUCGCUUGACUCGAGCUGGGGUACAGUUCACUAUCCUGCCUGCCUUAAAUUACAGAUUAGUACUGUGGUUUCCCCAAAGUGGUAUUUUGGAUACAAUUACUUCAAAUGAAGGGCAGAUAUUUGCUUAUAUCACAAAUUACUUCAGAUAAAGCAGUGCAGGAAGAAAGAUUCUCCUGCAGUAAAUCACACUGUCCUGGGUCUGAUGAAAUUCCAGCUCCAGUAGCCAAAACCACCCCUGGAGCUUGGGGGACUGCAGCAGAAUUCCGCAGUUGGGUAGUUUUUCCCCUGGAUUACAAGCUGGAAACUGUUGCAGAGCUCUGCAUGAAAGCAGAGCAAUGGACUUGGCUUUCCUUCAGUCUGGCAAUGUAAAGAAACCCAUUCUUCAGAUUUAUCUUAAAAAAUAUAGCUUUUAAUUUAGCUACUUGAGUAGCACACUAAAUAGAAGUCCCACACUAAAUAGAAGAAGGGGCUCCUUAACCAAAGGAUACAGCCCCUUGUAUGAUCAGGAAGAUAAUAACUAACGUGGGCACCUGAGCCAAGAGGUGCAAAUACUCUCCCUGCUUCCCAGUUCCAACAUCUCCCCAGUUGGCUCCACCUCAACUCUUGGACACUUACCACCACUAUCACUGUCACCAUUAACAACUCUACCACAACAUUGUUCAGACAUCAUCAUGUAAAAUAAUGAAGCAACACCAUCACUACUUCAUGUUUUCCUAUUUAUUAGAUUUUACAUUUCAUAUAUUUACAAAGACAUCUGUAGUGCUUUCUAUUUGAUUUGGUUGCAACUGUCACUUCAUCAACACAAUAUCAGUUCAUACGGUCAUCGUACAUCGUUAAAAGAGGAUAGGAAUGUACUGUUUUAACUAUCGGCACUUUGAACUGUUACUAACUCUUUAACCAUUAAAUGUCUUUAGCCUGCUUUAUAAAUCUAUGCUUCCAUAGUAAUUGUUUUAAAAAGUAAAAAUAAAUAUUUUGUUAUUAAACUUACCUCAAAUAAAUGAAACUUUCAAUCAUAAAAUAGUUCAGGUGUGCUUAAUACCCAAGUCACCUACACCAUUAGAUUCUUCUCAGAACAGGUGGAGCCCCUCUGGCACACACUGAUUCCUUAUGCAUGUACAUAACAGCUUCAGAGAUUUCCUUAAAUAUAUUGGCACUGUUACGUAUUAAUACAAGUAAGAUGGGAGCAGCUCAACUGGUAGGUAACUGAUUGUCACGUCAUCCUCAAGUUAUCAGAAAUCGUUGUGAUCUAAACCCAAUACUAUUUACAAGUUUCAUCUUACAUUGCAUUAAAAAUCAUUAUUUAAAAUCCAUUCCAUUCAUUUCUGUUUCAAAGCACUGACAGCUCAUGAUUUGAAAAUAGUAGUAGAAACUAAUCGAACAGAGGAAAAAACAAAUUCUUAUUGGACUUAAAUUUCUCACAGCAGGGAUAAAAGCUGUGAAUUUUAAUUUCCCAUAUAUCUCAGUGUGCAGUUCCCCAAUUCACUUUUCACUGAUCCAAGCUGCUGGAAAAAGGAGGGCUCUCUUAGGAGGCCGGCUGACUGAUGAAACCGCUUCCCUGGUCCUUUCUGGAUGAGGUAGGUGGGCAUGAUGCGUGCUGCUUUGGAGGUGAGUAGGAAUGGCUCUUUAUUCCCACUGUUUCAACAACUAAAUUGGUUUUCAACUUCUGCGGCUGUAGCUGAGCUACCUCUUGUAGCAUAACAACCACCAGCAUUAUGCCUGUGGCUAGGGGCAUUUGUUAACACAUUCUGUAGGUCAUGCUUGGCAUUUAGGGCAGCCUUGUAAACUCUGACGUUUAAGGCUUGAUAAUAUACAAGUGCCUACAAUGUAUGGAGUGCUGACUGUGCACCUUGCUGCAAUAGUUAUACUCGUCACACAAAAUGUAUCUAAAGAGCUAAAAACAAGCUCAGGACUUGUUUUAACUAUCCACCGAGGUGUUACAUUCAGGUCCAAGCCUAUAAACUCAUCAUUGUUUGCUUAAAAAUGAACAUAAAUAAGGUUUUGUGUUUUGAAUAAACAGGGUCAUAACCAUAAAAAGUUAAAGAAAAAAAAAAAAGCCAGUGACUACUUUGGUCUUUUCACAAACUCUUACAACCUUAUUUCCCAGUUUCUUUUUACUCUCAGUCUUAAAUUCAUAAGUUACUCCCAAUUUCUCUUAGCAGAGACCUCAGAAAGCUCAGCUAAGGCAAUGCAGCCAGCACUUAGCAAUUAGAGAGCAGAUGCAGCUUUCUGCUUACAGGGCAACGUCCUGAUGAACAUACAGCUUCUGAAAGAGAAAACUGCAGAGAAAAGGCAAAGCAUAAGUGUCAGCUCAAACCAGUACAGUGCUGCGAGUUCAAACCCCAAGAGCUGUUGGUGUGAGCUGGAGACCCUGAAGUCCUAUUACGCUACAUUUGAGGAUUUAAAGAAGCAUCAGAAAAACACACUUAAAAUACGCAGAAAAGCGUCAGGAGAUAAAUUAUCACCAGCUACUGAAAAAUGAGGCAACCUCAGCUCAGAUCCUUUUAACAAAGUUUGUAUUAUUAACCUUUUGGCUGCACAGACAAAUGCCUCUCAAAAUCAGCACUUCCAGGAAGGUGUGUGUUUAAUCAACUCCUUUUUAAGAUGCUAAAAUAUAACCCCUGGUGUAUUGGAUCACUCGUUCUCCCACAACUCUUUUUGCUCCAGAAAGAACAAAGAAGGUAGAAGAUACAAAAAAUGAACUGCACUGGGGCAUGAGCAACAUCACACAAAAAAAAUGUAAAUGGUAUGUUUAAAGAGUUAAAAGUUAGUCCAUAACGAAAGUUUCUCUUGCUUAGCUGCAGUCAUUAAUUUCUGCAGUUUGUAACAGUCUUUUCUAACAUAAGCAGAUGAAUGAAUGGACAGAUUUUAAAUGUUUUAUUGCUUAAAAGCUUUCAAAUAGGGUAAAGAUCUGGUAAAGGAACAGAAAUACAAUUUUCAACAGGAAUUGUUUUAGGGUUUUGUUUGGGGCUUUUUGUUAGGGUUUUUUUUUUUCCUCCAAAAAUAACUUUGCUCAUUAAAUUUUGAUUAUCUCUAAAAAACUAAAACCUAAUAAAUCUGGAAUACUAUUCUGAGCCUCAUCCUAAUGCACAAGUUUUCAUGCUUACACAUGAGUGCUUUUUGUGUGCAAAUGUAAGGCAAUUGUAUCAUCCCAUCAAACAGAAUCUGCAGUCCUUCAAACCUGGUGCUUAUUUUGAAGCUUUGCUUUCCCUGUUACAUCUUUCAGGAGAGAUCACAAGACAGAAUAAAGUUUGAUAUUUAUUAAUACAUAUAUUUGAAAGAUUCUUUUCUGAAGGUAACAAAUAUAAAAAGUUAUCGGUGUUUACAAAUUGUCAAAAACGUCCAAAGUACAAAAGGAUACAGUACAUUAGUUGUGUGGAAGUGAUUGUGCUCUCUGGCACUGAAAUCAUCUCAAUACUGUGGACAUGCACAAUGUACACCAGAAAAACUCAUGCAUCAAUCAGAACAAAUAAGGAAGUAAGACAAUUUGCUGCCUUCUCCAAUUACAAAUUCAUUGCUUCUGUUAGUUUUCUUUCCUCAGGAAUACCAUUUACCUGCAAGGAGAUAAGAUUUUAUGUAAUCCAUCAGUGGUAGAUGAUGCUUUAACAAUAUUGAACUGCCUACUGGUAGCACAGCACAUAAAUAGUAUUUAUUAGUCCCUUAUCAACAACCACAUUGGAGAAACACAAGUACAACCUGGACCAAAAGACAACACAGACAUGGAAGAGCUUUGCUUGCACUCUUCUGGGAAGGGAGAGAUCUGGGAAAAGCUUGUUUAACUGGGACAUUUUCUUUCUAUUUGGCAUCUAACACAUUUCACAGGGAGAUUGUGAAGCUCCAAAUGGAAAACGCAGCGCAUGGUGUACAUGCGGCUCUUUAGUCUUUUGCAUUAUAGGAAUAUCCUAUAAACUUUUUCAUCUAAUCCCCUUAAAAUAGUCCUCAUGAAUUUUGCCAAUUGACAGAAAGACAAUUAUAAAACUUAAUGUACCUGUUCAUACCGGAGACCAGCAGCAAUAUCCAGCAGUGUAAUAGAAACGUUAGAUGUGAGUCAUCAUCUUUCAUACAAUCCUUUCCCAAUUCUGUUUUAACUUUGUGAAAUUAUGCCAGCUAUUAAGCCCGCAUUUUUAUAUAGGGUUAAAAAAAAUGUUUCUUAUUGGGGAUUCAGAUAGUUCCUGAAGAGGACAGUGGUUAGGAGAGAUGGUUUGCUCUUCAAAUGACUAAAUAUGGUCUACUGAAGCUUUAAAAGAGAAAUAUCUUCUUAUUCAUGGUGGUGACUAUUAAUAUGUUAAUAAUCCUGAGGAUAUUAUUGGGAAUUUUCUGUAUGAAAGGAAGAAAAUUAAACAAUGAGUGUCUAGUUCUGUAGGGGUUUUUUUGGCCUUGUUUUAGUUCUGUAAAUUUCUUAUUGAACAGAUCAAUAAAACUGAUUGCUAA